ACCUUAUCUAAUGUCGGCCCACUACAUCCGCCUCUGACUUUUGUUCCGGUGUCACGGAGCUUGCCCUUCUGGUCACAUUAGAACAGCGCAGCUCACUCCCACCGGGACCACCAAACAGACAUCCAGAAAAUUCGAGCUGCUCCGUAGACUCCUCCCGAUCAGUUGGCCUCUGAGUUUGGAUCCAGUUAAGCAACAGAGCUUGAGAGGAUUGGCAAGUGUCGCCGUCGCUGAAGCUGUAGGAAGCUUACAGCUGUGCGUGCCAACUUGAUAUCCUCACACAAUCUUCCUCUCGUAUAGGCAGUUUACUGUUGGAGUCUGAAACUUCUGCAUUGUACUUCUUUCGUUCCAUGUGGAAUGUAGGAAUUUGGCUCUGAGAGCAGUGAAUUUGUUCUCUGGAUUAGUUGAAAACUGCGGUUGACAUUCGCGAGCGUGCAGACUGGCUGCAAUGUCAAUGCUUAUGUCAGUCGCCACAAUCGUGCCGACCUCCGUUCCCAGGUGCAACGUCGAUGUCAAUGGCGAAUUGUCUGCCAAUUACACAGCUUCUGUCCGUAAGUUCAGCUCCAGGAGGAGUCGCACAUCGUUUGCAGCUCGGUCAUGUAUAUCAGCUUCAGUUGAAGAAAAUAUGACAAAUGCAGCUGAAGGCUCUGUACCUGCGUCCCAGGAUGUUCUUGCCUCAUCAUCAGUGUCUUCCUCAUCAACGGCAUCUCCGCGGCCUUGGAGCACUAAAGUCUUGGGAUCAGCUUUGGCAGCAACGCUUACGCUAGCACAAGCUCUCUCACCAUUUCCUGAAAACUUUCCAGGAAGCUGGAGUGUGCCACCAGCAGAGGCCGUGCUUUACUCACCGGAUACAAAAGUCCCCCGAUCAGCAGAAGUUGCUCUCAGAAGGGCUAUCCCUGUUGUAAAUCCAUCUAUGAGAAAAAUGCAGGAAUCGCUGGAGGAUAUAUUCUACUUGUUAAGGAUUCCUCAACGAAAGUCAUAUGGCUCGAUGGAGAGUGAUGUCAAGAGAGCCCUUCAACUAGCGUUGGAAGACAAAGACGCCAUUUUAGCUGCUGUGCCAGCUGACAUGAAGCAAAAGGGCUUAGACCUUUACAACGACAUAAUAGGGCCGCGUGGUCUGGAAAAGAUGCUGGAGGCUAUCGCCAAUAAAGAUCCAGACAAGGUCUCCAUACGCUUAGCCAACACUCUUGAGAAGAUUGCUGAGUUGGAAAUCAUUCAGGCACCGGGUUUAGCAUUUUUACCACCAGCAACAUAUCAAGACUAUCCAAGGCUAACAGGAAGGGCAACUAUUGCAUUGAAACUGGAGAAGGGUGAUGGCUCAUCGUUCACAGUUGCAUCUGGUGGUGGGCCCCAAAAAACUGCAGUACUUGAGAUCGUUCUAGAUGGGUACUCGGCUCCACUUACAGCCGGAAAUUUUUCAGACUUGGUUCUGAAAGGUAAGUACAAUGGCAUUAAAUUGAGGACAGGAGAACAAUCCAUCCUCUGUGACGAUCAAGGAGAUGGUGUUGGAAACACCCUUCCUUUGGAGGUUCUACCUGCCGGGGAAUUUCAGCCUUUGUACCAGACGACUCUCAAUGUUCAGGACGGAGAGAUACCGGUGCUGCCUCUUUCGGUUUAUGGAGCUGUAGCAAUGGCUCAUAACACUGCAGCUGAAGACUACUCGUCUCCAUCUCAAUUCUUUUUCUAUUUGUACGACAAACGUAACGCUGGUUUAGGUGGACUGGCCUUCGAUGAAGGUCAAUUUUCUGUCUUCGGCUACGUAACGAAGGGGAAAGAGCUUCUAUCGCAGCUAAAGACCGGGGACAUUAUUCAAUCUGCCACUAUGAUUUCCGGCCAGGAUAAACUCGUUGUACCAAACAGUAGCAGCUAGGUAGUGCUGAGUAUUAGACAAAGGUCCUUGUACGUUAAACAUUUUUCUACAUCAUUCUUUGCUGCUACGAAGAGCAGGUGUCAUUUCCGGCCCUACUGAGACUAUUCAGUAUAUUUGAUAUGAAAUUUGUACCAUAAAAAAAAAGGGGUCUUGGUCCUAGUUCCAACGGGACUUUGGGUCCUCGAUUUCUGAUGGUAGUCUCAAUCAUUCAAGCUUCUGUUAUUGUCUG